AAAUGGCGCUGAUGUUCCCCGAAGCGGGACGUUUCGCGCUUCGAACUUGUGUUUCCUCGCUUUCUUUUGCCGCAUUCGAAUCCCGUUCGAAUUUCUCGAACCUCGCGUCGAACUUCACUCGGCUCGAGCGCACGAAUGUUUCGUCACCACCCGCGACUUUUCGAAAAUAUGCGACUGUCGAAUUUGGAAUGCAUUUCUUUUCGCUCGAAAUUCGUAAUUAGGUACUGAGAGGAACGUUGGAAGUUACAAUAUUACGAUAAUCGAAAUGCAAGUGAUUUAAACUAUCAUUGGGGAUUAUGUGUGCACACCUUUGAUAGGAGGGAUCAUCGUCAUGUCCACUAAUAAAGGACAGAAUACAAGGGCCUUGGUGGAGCCUCUAGGUUUGGACUCACGUACACUGGGUGACAAUGACCUCAGCGCACUAAGCUUGUCCAACAGCAGUGAGCAGUAUACGUCGAAUGACUUCGACGACUUUGCGAAUAUUCAAGCAGAACUCGAAUGCAUGAAUGCUGAUGAAGUUAUGACUGCGGCUGAUGACCGGAUCGAGCAAAACGUUGAUGAGACUGAAACGACAGUACCUGAUGUGGAGAUGACCGAGAUCUCCGAACAAGUGCAGGCCGAGCACAUUUACACAACGGCCAGUCAGAGUAAUCAGAGUAGCCAGAGUAAUCAGAGUAAUCAGAGUAACCAGAAUGUCGUAUUUCAAACGAAGCCUACUUUACAGAAAGUGCCCGUGUCGGCCGUCCAGGUAAAAUCGAGUGUCCAAACUACGCAGAGUCAAUCGAUUAUGAUAGUAUCGCCUGCGAGCGGACAGGGUGCCAGUCAAAUACUGAAGAUAUCGCAUCCGCCAACAGCUUCGGCCGAACAGCUGCAGUCUUUAGCUCAGACUCUCAUCAGCGGCAAAUCUACGGACGGGAGUGUUGUUCAAUUAAGAUCGACUUCGUCUACUAAGUCUAUCGCAACGACCAGUGCUUCAGGAAACAUCACAAUUAGUAACAUGCAAAAUCUCAAGAUAACACAGCCAACGUCGAAACGAGCAACACAGAGUGUCCAACAAGGACGUAAUGUAUUUACAAAGAUGAUAUUGACGGGAAAUCAGCCACAACCAGGCACUCAAGUUCUCAUUACAAGUUCUCAAAGUGAAAAUCAGCCGACAUCAGGAAUUAAAUUCCUCAAUAAUAGCUCUUCUAGUUAUAGCAUAACAAGUCCAACAAAAACUAUAACGUUAGCACAGGCCCAACAAAUGGGUAUAUUUUCUACUAACAAGGUGCAACACAUUUUACCAUCGACCUCGCAGAAGCAGGGUAUGAUAUUAAAUAAAUUGCUACAGUCCUCUACAUCUCAACCAUCGAAGGUGACCAUAGUACCUAGCAAUACUGCAAAGUCAAUUCCGACGAAAAUCCUACCUGCACCAGUUACAAGUAUUCAGGCGAAAUCCUCGAGUCAACAAUCUACGUUUCUUUCAUCCAAGUCAUCUGUACAGCAAAGUCCACAAAAAGUCAUCAUUAGACAGAGUUCUUUGAAACCUGGUACUGUACUUGGAAGCGGGCAAGUGAUUAGAAUACCUGCUAACCAGAACAUUGUAACUGGAUCAAAUCAAGUACAUCAAAUUCAGAUGCCUGGAAGACAAGUGCAAUAUGUAAGAUUAGUCAGUACUUCAACAGGAACUACUAAUGUCGUUACUGUAAGCAAAUCAAAACCUUCUACGACUCUUCAGACUGUAGGUAUCAGCCAGAAAGUAGGAAAUCAACAGCAGAUUGUAAAGGUUGUGCCGUUAAAUACUGGCAAUCAAUCUCUGAGAACCGUUGCGCCGAAGGCAACGUUGACCAGUGGUAGCCAAAAAUUACUCAUACCUGCGGCUGCUGCUGCGGCAGCUGUUGGCAAUCAGUCGAAGAGUGCAGUAGCGAUUCCCGCAUCAGCAUUGAGCCAAUUAGCGUCGGGACAAGCAGUCCUUUCAGCUAAUCCAAGCGUUGGGAACAUCGUCGUUCUUCCUGCUCAAUAUAUUCAGCAACAGCAGUCAACAGAGGAUGCAAAAUUGAAGUCCCAAACGUCGCCUGGUCUUCUAGGAAGUUCACAAAGCUCUACGGCGACUCUCUGUGUGAUUGAUGGAAAAAAUUCUCAAAGACCCACUUAUAGUACUGUCGAACCAAAUGGUAUUAGGCCAAGAAAACCAUGCAAUUGUACUAAAUCACAGUGUCUUAAACUCUAUUGCGAUUGUUUUGCGAAUGGUGAGUUCUGUCACAUGUGUAAUUGCAACAAUUGCUCGAAUAAUCUUGGGAACGAGGAGGAGAGGCAGCGCGCGAUUAAAUCCUGCCUGGAACGCAAUCCUAACGCCUUUCGCCCUAAAAUUGGAAAAGGUCGUGAAACUGGUGACGAUAUAAGAAGACACAACAAAGGCUGCAACUGCAAACGUAGCGGUUGUCUUAAAAAUUAUUGUGAAUGUUACGAGGCAAAAAUUCCAUGCUCUGGUAAUUGUAAAUGUAUAGGCUGUCGUAAUCUCGAAGAUCAAAUAUUGGAGAAAAAAUCUUUAAAAGAUUUAACAGAAACGACCGAAGUCAGAACAACUCAGCUUAGCUUAAAUAAAGCACAGUUACAGUUGUCGGAGAUGGCUUUCAGACCUCCAGCAUCAUCCAAUACUGGUACAAGACAGCCAUUCAACUUUUUAACUGAUAAGGUGGUAGAAAUAACAUGCCAAUGUUUAAUGGCGCAAGCAGAAGAAGCAGAACGAAAUAUGCUCGACGACGAGACGUCGCAGCGUCUGAUUAUCGAGGAGUUCGGUCGAUGCUUAAAGGAAAUAAUCGAAUCAGCGCAUAAAGCUGAAGCUACCUAGCAGGUGUAUUCGCGUGGUUUGUAUUGCAAUUUUCGUUCGUCGCUAUUGUUUAUGGGAAUUGGAUAGAAAAUAAAGAGAUAGUACAAUAUGAGUGUUGUUACCAAAGACGCUAUCACACAAGAUACGAGAUGGUCUUCACCAAGCAAAAGCUUUGGAAAUAUUUGCGAUCUUCAAAUGAUCUGUUAAAUACUUUUUGAGGAAAAAUCACAAAAAAAUAACUCUGUGUGUGAACUUUUAAAUAAUGAAUCAUUCUGAAGAUAAUGUAGGCUACUUAAGAAAAGGCGAAUCGCUUUCUUUAAUUUUUAUCUGAAAGAAAAAUGACAUUACAUACAUAUGAUAGAAAAAUAAUUUUGUUGUAUUUUAAAUCUUCUGCUAAACUGUGCGCGGCUCGUGUAAAAUUCGUAUAAAAUAAUAUAGAAGGAUGUAAAAUUCGUGUAAAAUAAUAUGGAAGAAAAAUUCGCAAUUCAAAAAUUAGAUAUAUAAUACAUAAUCAAGUCAGCUUAAGAAUGAAUAUUUUUCAACAUUGUAUUUUUUUAUAAUUCUAAAUGAAAAAGCACUUGCAAUUAGUUAAUCAAGAGUUCUUUUCUUAAAAUCAUAUUUUUCAGACAUUAUGUCAUGUAUUGGAAAAAAGCGAUAGCACCAUAUAUUCGCCUAGUAGUACAAUUACGUAAUCAGCAUUAGCGCUUAAUAAGUUCACACAGUGUCAUAGUAAAAAUAUAUAUCAAGAGAGAAUAAAAACAUUUUGUGAAUUUA